AUGGAAAAACUGAAUUCACCAUCAGACAAGAUUUUACAUCAAGCUGUUAUGGAAAUUAAAGAGCCAGUAAUAUUUCAACAAAUAUUACGAAAUGUAAAAGGUGAAUGUUGGAAAUUAUUUGAAUGGAAUUUAUCUGAACUUGCAGAAAAAUUCGGAGAUAUUAAAUUACCGUUUCGAGUUGGUUAUAAUGCUAGGUCUAUGAGUCCACAAUGGGAGAUAAAUUGUUCAACAGUUUCAAUGACAUUAACAGAGUUUAUUCAAAAUAUAAAUCUCUCUGAAAAUGAUAAGAAAUGGUAUUACUUUGAUUAUAAAUAUAUGCAAGAAUGGUUUAAAAAUAAAUUAGAAAUAAUAAAUUCAAUAAAUUGGAGAAUAUUUGGUAUUGAUAAAACUGGUGAUGAUUCUACAAUUUGGAUCGGAAGUAAAGGAGCUCAUACAAAUUGUCAUCAAGAUUCUUAUGGCUGUAAUUUAAUAGCUCAAAUUCAUGGAAGGAAACAAUGGUUAUUAUUUCCUCCAAGUUCAAGUAAUUUCCUUCAACCAACAAGGAUUCCUUAUGAAGAAUCUACAGUAUAUAGUAAAUACAAUUUUUUUUGUCCUACUAAGGAAGAUGAGAUUAAUAUAUUAAAAAUACAAGAUACAGCAAAGCUAGUAACUCUGGAACCAGGAGACAUAUUAUUUGUUCCACCAGGGUGGUGGCAUUAUGUUGAAUCAUUGGAUUUUACUAUUAGUGUCAAUAUAUGGGUACCAGUAAUAACAGAUAAUGUAUCAAGAGUCAAGGAAGCUAUUGUUAAAUUAAUAGUAGCCAGAAUUGGGAAAGAUAUUUGUAAUGUACCUGAUGAAAUUGAUUGUAUAAAUUUGCUUAAUGUUGCUGUAAAAGAAUGUAAAAGAAUGGAAAAUGUAGAAUCACCAUAUAAAAGAAUGAAAAGUAGUACAUGGACUGCCAAAGAUUUAGCAAUGGAAUAUCCUGUUUAUGUAAAGCUACUUCAUGAUCUCAAAACAAUAGAACUAAAAGAACUUUUAAAAGUGAAAAGAGAGAGAUUUUCUGAAGAUUCGAAUAAAUUGUUAAAAGACAAUUCUAAAACUGAUACUGAUUUAGAAAAUACAUAUUCAUCUGGUCAACAUUUGUCUGAAAAUAUUAUUAAUGCACUUUGUCAUCCUGAUGUUGUUAAUAAAGUCGCAGAAUUACUUUUAUCAUAA